AACUUUAGUCAGAUGCAGAUUUAAUUGUCCACAUUGGCUAUGAGUUUACUGAUCAAUUAGUUUAGACAGAUGUCGACUUCGAACCAUGUUCUGUUAAUAUUUGCAAGAUGCAAAUGCUGAGUGGUCAGAAUUUUUGGUCCUUGAUCCUCCAUUUCCACAUGAAAGAAAAUGUAAUUCAAAUUAACUAAUAGUUCCUUUCCUUAUUGGCUGGAAGAGAUAACAUGAAGUUAAUAAAUCUCAGAAAUCUGAGGACAAUAAAGCAGAUGCACAGUGUGCAAGCAAGAAGCCUAAUUUGACCAGCUACUACAGAGAUUUGAGGACUUGACACAGCCAUGAAGACGCUCAUGGUUAUUUUGAUGCUUCUUGUGGUCAAAGACAUCCCAAAGAGCUUUACAUCAAUUGAAGCAUUUCUUCUGAAAUGUGGUCAAUAUGUGAGAAAUAUGUCAACCAAUUUACACUUGACAAAGUCCAAUAAACAACCAACGUGGCCACAGUUCCAGAGGAUGAUAGGGCUACUCUCUCAUCGAGAGACAACUGGAGUCCUGGGUAAUGUUAUCCCCCAGAAUGGAUCUGAAUCCAGUAAACCCAUAUCCUGGCAACAACCUUAUUGGGAUUUAUUGGGUAUCGGGAGUGAAAUAUAUGCUGUAGCUGUUGAAGGCUUCUCACAGUCUGAGAUAGGCAAGGCAAUUCAGGCAGAUAGCGAUGGAUUUCUUGGAGACUGGGUUGUUAGUUCAAUGAAGGAGCUAUACACAUUGACAAAAGAGCUCACAUGGAAAGGGGAGCCUCUCAUUGAUCAGAUUUUGAACCAGACCUCUUUGCUUCAGGAGAAACUGGAGUCUGCUGGUGAACAGCUGCAUGGAGUAAUUGGUGAGGAAAGAUAUGCCACCAUUCAUGAGAAAUUGCAGGAGCUUCGUGGAGCCCUCCGUCAUUCCAGUAUGAACCAGAAUCCCAUAGCUGAUAGUCUGGAUCAGGUCCACCUGAGUGCUGUCCGUCAAGUGGAGAAAAGCUCCAACAUAAUUACUCCUUACAUUGAAAACAUAAGUCAACAGCUACAAGACCUGAGGCAGUAUCUUACAUCUGUAGUUCAUAACGCAACAGAAGAAUUCAAAAUCCUGGUAAAAGCAAAUGCAGGAGCAACAGCUGCAACUUAAAUAUACAUGUAAUGGCUUCUGAAACCAAAGAGGUGAAUUAGGGGCAGGGAAUAUAACUUAAACUUCAAAUCAACCAUUACAUAACCAGCCUCCAUUUGAUGUUAUUAGUUAUCAUUAAUAUAAACAAACGUAUUCUAGUGGCUGUACAAGUUGGCAUGAACCAAGCAGUUUUUUAUUAAACUGACAACUUACUUUUGUUAAUGAGUGGCUCAAUCGAUCAACAUUUCCUGGAAACCCUAGGAUGUGCACAAUGCCUGUGCAAUCUCAGCAAAGACCCAUUUCGUCAGGCAACAUGAUGAUGCUGGGAGAUUUACCCAAUCAAAUUAAUUCACAAAAAAUGUGAACCUGGAACAAAAUAAACAAGUUCUUGUGAAUUAAUUAUUUUAAAGCAGGAUUUUGCCUGUCCCUGAAUCUAGUCUGUAAUUGGAAAAUCAAUUGCAAAUAUGUUAGCAGGGUUGGAGAAUGAGAUGGGAUAGUAAUCCAGGGGUCUUAUGUACUGCUCCGAGAAUAUGGAUCAAAGUCCCACUGUUAAUGUUUGUUUCUUGAUUGACAAGGAAGGAAAAAGGUGUCAAGGUAGGCAGGAAAAUAGAGUUGUGGCCACUAUCAGAUCAGCCAUGAAUUCAAAUGGGCAGAGAGUCUCAGUAGGCUGAAUGUCCUACACCUUCUGGUUCUCACGUUAGCCCUAUCCUGAGAUUUUGAGUUUUGGUGUUAUUCACAUUCCAUAAACUAAUUGGCUCAUGGGAGGAUUGUGGAACUAGAUUAAGAGCGAAAUUACUAUGUUCAGAAAAUGAUAUCCAAUUUGGGAGUCACUAGAGAUAUUUUCAGGCCUGUUAAAGUCUGAACAUAUUUGGCAAAAAGAAGGAUGUGGUAGGAGGGUUUGCUGGAAAGGGGAGGAGAAACAUCAUGUUUCAUCAAAUCUUUCCUAUAGGAUUCAGAAAAUACAGGAUACGGAGCUGCAAAGAAACAGAAGGGAGAGUAAUUGAAAUGUUACAGUACUUAUUAUCUAUCUUUACAGACAAUGUAAAGUAGUCAGGCAGCUUUCUGUUCGUUGAGUGCUCACAAGUCUGAUGGAUAAUAAUUCACUGAUUAGAAAUGUUUGUCUAUCUAAUCAGAGGAGAGAAAACUUCCAAUAGCCAACUAGAAUGGAUGCAUGAGAUAUUAUAUUUAUAAUUCUCUCUGUCAAGAUUUGAAAAACACUUUAAAAAUACUGAAGCCACAGAAAUAUGUAAAACUAGUUCAAUUAACACCUUGUAUCAGUGAUAAUGGGGACUGCAGAUGCUGGAGAAUCCAAGAUAACAAAAUGUGAGGCUGGAUGAACACAGCAGGUCAAGCAGCAUCUC